CAAAACCAUUACAGCAGCUUUCAGCACAAGACUGACAUCUAGUGGACAUACAUAAAUAUGGGCAGACGCGCCAUUCUUUUGCACACGUCACUUUCUUAUUUCAAAGAAACGAAAGCAAAACGAUAAGUUCAGCAAGACGCAAAACAAUAAAUUCAGCGAGACGCAAAUCUGCUGAGUUGAAGCAGCAAGAGGGACAACAACCACACGCUUAGCACCACCGUGUUCAGGAUUGUCUUCAAAUGCAGACUCUUCUCUUCAAGGAUCUUCCGUCUGUUGGUUCUAGAUUGUUUUUAUUGUCCUGUGCGCAUUUCAGAAUUAAGGAUCGUCCAUCUGCAUGUUCAAGAAAAAGGAACUAGAAUCUAAAUCUCACUUUUGUCACUACGUUACCAAACCUUUUUUCAAAGACAUUGCCAAAUCAACCCAAAACAAAAGCAUAUAGGCUAUAGCCAUCCUGUUUAUCUGUCAGCAACUACGCAAAGUGAAAUGGCAGAGGGCAGGUUUUCAGUAGAUCAAAAUAAGUUUGACUGUCCAAUUUGUUUGGAUCUUCUGAAGGAGCCAGUGACCAUCCCCUGUGGACACAGUUACUGUAUGAACUGCAUUACUGACUGCUGGAGUCAAGAUGAGCAGAGGAGAGUUUACAGCUGCCCUCAGUGUAGACAGACCUUCACUCCAAGACCUGCUUUAAACAAAAAUGUGGUGAUGGCAGAAAUGGUGGAGAAUCUAAAAGUGACAAAAGUCAAAACAACUGACCCUGCUCCCAGUUAUGCUGGACCUGGAGAUGUGGAGUGUGAUGUUUGUACUGGAAUAAAAUAUAAAGCCAUCAAGUCGUGUCUGCUGUGUCUGGAAUCUUACUGCCAGACUCACUUUGAGCGUCAUGAGGCUUUUCGCACCGGUAAACGACACAAGAUAACUGAUGCUACUGGACGAAUCCAGGAGAUGAUCUGCCCAAAACAUGAUAAACUGUUGGAGGUUUACUGUCGCACUGACCAGAAGUGUAUAUGCUUACUGUGUACAAUGGAUGAACAUAAAAAUCAUGACACUGUAUCUUCUUCAUCUGAGCGAACAGAGAAACAGAAACAUUUGGAAGACACACAGAGAAAUCUGCAGCAGAAAAUCCAGGAGAGAGAGAAGAAGAUUCAGGUGCUGAAAGAGUCUUUAAAGACACACAAGAGCUCUGCACAGACAGCAGUGGAGGACAGUGAGAGGAUCUUUACUGAACUCAUCCAGUCCAUUGAGAAAAGACGAUCUGAGGUCACACAGAUGAUCAGAGAUCGAGAAAAGACUGAAGUGAGUCUAACUGAAGGACUCUUGAAGAAACUGGAGCAGGAGAUUGAAGAUAUGAAGAGGAGAAACACUGAGCUGGAGCAGCUUUCACACACUGAUGAUCACAUACAUUUCCUACAGAGAUUUCAGUCUCUCUCUAAACCCUUGGAAUCUACAGAUUUAUCCAGCACUGCUGUCAGUUCUGGCUUUCGUUAUGAAGACGUAAGCAAAUCUGUCUCUCAACUGAAAAUAAAAUUAGAGCAGAUCUGUAAAGAGGACAUAGAAAACAUACAUGGACAAGCAAGAAAAAUGAUCUUCUCAGCACUUCUGAGUACUUCUCACACUGAACCCACGACCAGGAAGGACUUCCAACAGUAUUUCCAGCAGCUCUCUCUGGAUCAAAACACAGCACAUCAACAGAUCUGUCUGACUGAGGACAACACAGUGGCGACUUGGACUGAUAGAGUUCAGCAGUAUCCUGAUCAUCCUGACAGAUUUGACAAAUUUUUUGGUGUGUUGUGUAGAGAGAGCGUGAGCGGACGCUGUUACUGGGAGGUGGAGUGGAGCGGGAAUGAGAGAUUGUAUGGAGUCGGUGUGGCCGUCUCUUAUAAGACCAUCAACAGGAAGGGAGACAUGACUACAAGUGGAUUUGGAUUUAAUGAUCAGUCCUGGAGAUUAUUCUCAUUUAAGUCCCGUUACACAUUCUUGCACGAUAGCAAACAGACUGAACUUGUAGUUUCCAGAUCCUCCAGAAUAGGAGUGUAUGUUGAUCACAGAGCAGGUAUUCUGUCCUUCUUCAGUGUCUCUGACACAACAAUGAGCCUCAUCCACAGAGUCCAGACCACAUUCACUCAACCGCUCUAUCCUGGGUUUUGGAUAAAUAAAGGUUCAAGGGUGAAAAUUUGUCACAUUUAAAUCCUGACAAAUCUUCAGAUUAUCACAUGAAUCGUAUGUAUCUGAGAUACUAAUCACUAUAAUAAGAUUAGCAGCAAAAAAUCACAUUAUAUGUGUAAAUCUUGGCUGCUGUAAAUGGUCUAGGACUUCACAUGAUGGUAUAUCAGUGACGGGUAAAGAAACCAAUCGUAUUUGUACCAAAUGUUGCAUCAUGUUUAUGGGUGUGAAAAGUCCUCACAAUUAAAGACAAGUGUGCAAAAAUGUAAAUAAUUCACAAGAACAGGAAAUCAGGUGAUAAUGUAUGUAGAUUUCUAAUUUUUUUACUUUUUUCUUAUUAUGCAUUUCUAUUAAACAUCACAGAAAUAGUGGAAAAUGCAGCCUAGUUGGUUUCUUUAUUUCACAAAUGCUGGUUUUGUUGUAACUGUAUUCAUCCAAAAAUAAAAAUAGAUGCUCGAUUUUGAA